GCCAAUAGUCCUGCAACCUCACUUCCUAUGGUUGUUAGUGUGUAUGUGCGUGAUUUUGUUGGUCUUCUGGCCUCCUGGACCGAUCAAGGCUAAAGCAUCUGUAUGCUUUGAUAUCUGAGGACACGCUUUUUUGAAUAAGAAUCAUUGCAGGUUCACUGGACUUGGUUUCGUUAUUAUCCUGUCUCAUCAAAGUCUGGUACUUAGGUAAGCACUGUGCCUUUUACUUUUUUCUACAUAACAUUUUCAUUUUAAAGUUGGAUUCAAAGAUAUCAACUGGACUUUAGUCUUUAACUAAUUGAGCACCUCCUGGUGUGUGUGUUAAGAUUUGAUCAGCAAAUUUGCCGUCUUUUGGCAUAACAGAUGUCCCUGACUCUUAGCUCAAAGGUAUAAAUUCCAAAGCUAAAAUUGUUAUCUGUUUGCAGAUGCUUCUUGCUGGAUAUUCUGUCUUUUUUAAUCUGUAAUUUUAGCAUUUAAAUCUACUUUCCUCUUAGAUACAUUCUUUAUUAAUGGCACGAUAAGAAUGAUAUUGUUCCCUCAGUUAAACUUCAUACAUUCAUACUAAAAGACAAAAACAGGCAACAAAAACAGAUUAAAAAUAGUGAGUAAAAAUGGUUUGACUGGGAAUAGGAGGGCAGGCCUGAGGUUAUGGUGCGAGUCGAAGCUAAAAGCAUGGUGCUGAAAUAGCUGAUUGCUCUCUGGAGAGAUGGGUGGGAUGGAAGUUGGGAGGAGAAGUCAGACAGAUGGGACUGGGUGGAUGUUUUGAGACCCUUUGUAGUCCCUUAUGAGUUUGGUUGCAUUAUCCCCUUUGUUAAAAUAUUCUCUGCUGCCAAGACCAAUGGAAUUACACAAUCACUCAAACACACCAAAUGCACAUAGACACACUGGAUGAGACUUCUGCCUGUUUUUAUAGACAAUCACCAGUUAAGAGUUUCUUUUAAAGAGAGUAUUUUCUUUUUUUAUAUGUCAGUUUAACUCGAUAAGUGGUGUAGUAGUCAUGGAUGUUGUUUAACGUAAUAAUCUGGUAUGCAUUUUGGCCUCCAACUAUAGAAUAAUAUCCAACUACUCAUUGAGGAUGAAAAUGGUGUAUGUGCAUUAGGGCUGCACGAUAUUGGAAAAAACUAAUUUUUUUAAAUUUUUUCAACCCUGCGAUAUAUAUUGCGAUAUUAAAAAAUAGAGGAAUUUUCACCAGAUGACCUGAAUAGCAAUAGGAGAUAUUUUUAGCUUUUAUUGUGCUGGGACGUUAUUGUGGCAACAGAUGAACACAGAACAGUUGACGAUUGGUGAUGUCAUCCUUCUUGUAACCGAAAUAAUUCCAGAUAAGUGACGUUGCCUUUCUUUUUGCCAACAAGUCUUCAUCUUCAAUGGUUUUUUUGUUGUUCAUUUUGCAAUCGUUGUUGUUGGUAUCAGUCAUGUGCCGAGAAACCCAUGUCUGCCGAGAAUUGCAUGCACCUCGCAAAACGCGCACUGCUUAUAGUAGUGGUCCAUGGAAAUGUACGAUUUAAAACACAUACAGUUCUUAUUUGUGGGACUAAACUAUGAUGAGUAAUGUUCCCAAAGUAAUUCUCGGCGGGCAUGCCUACUACACUGCAGGCUUUGCAAUGUGACUGUAGCGUAUAUCGGCACAUCGCGAUGACGAUGCUCAAACGAUAUAUUGUGCAGCCCUAAUGUGCAUUAGAAAAAUGGAUAAACCAUUUCCCCUCAAGACAGGCUACUUCUAAAAUCCGGACUUGAGUACUUGGAGAUAUCAGAGUCAUAAUAUAGGUGAAAAAACACUGAUGUGAAAUUGUGGUUGCCUUGACCAAUAUAAAAAUCACAGUUCUGUGUUGUGGUUUAUGUUAAAAUCAUGUAGUUAACCUCAGACCAAUGUGUUUUUAGGACAGCUGAUACAGUGUAGAAACAUAUGACUAGGCUGCUUCAUUUCAAAUAAUUUUCCACAUUAGUCUGGCUUCUCCAUCCCAGAAACAAAAAGGAGCAAGAGGAAUUAUGGAGUCUUUACUGUAUCUAAAAUUCAUCAGUCAUUAUCUUGAAAAAGCUUACAGCGAGUUGCUAAUGUUUACUUGCAGGAUCUCCUCCAUUCAAAAUGAUAGGUUUUUGAGUGUUAAUGUGCAUUUAUGUGUGCAACAAUAUGUAAACAGGGUGGUUUAGGCAGAUGCGUUUUAGCUAAUACAGUCUGAGAGCAGCUGGGCAGGGCAGGGCUAAUAGACCCGAUGACAUCAUACAAAGAGAGAGAGAGAGAGAGAGAGGGGGGAGCAGGCGAGUGAGAGAGCAAGCCUCAGGCAGUUAAAGGAAGCAGGCCAGCUCAGACAGAGAGGAGCGUGGCAUGAGUGUGGGACAGUGUGUGUGUGCGUGUGUGAGCUGGAGAGGUGCAUACACUUGACAAGGAUAUAGGACUCCACCUGGACGGUUUCGUCUCUAGUUUUUUCCCCUUCUUCCAAAACACCUCUCCCCCUUCCCUCCCCUUCCCCCCCUUUUCCCCUUCCCCCUCCUCAUCCUCUGGCAGUCAUCCCUCCUUUACAGCUUCCAGCGGCUCCUCCGGGCAUGCUCCUUAAGCCAAAGUAUGGCCGUUUCCGCAACGAGUCUGUGACCUCCUCUGAUGACCUGAUGCAGAGCUUAGCCAUGAGCGGCAAAGUUGUGGCUACACCAGUGGUCCCUUCCUCCACCCCAAGCCUCUCUCUGCCUCCUCUGCCUCCUCUACCUCCUCUGGAUCCCAGUGCCAGAUCCUCCUCCUCUGCUGGGGCCGCGGCUCUGGCCGACUCCCCCUGCCUGGACGGGGAGCAGGAUGCCACCACUACCUUCUGCAUGCUCAUCCCGAAGAUGCCCCAGUGGAAGUUCUCCAACUCUCUGCUCAGCCGGAGCCCAUCCAACUCCAGCUCCAGCUCCAGCUCUAGCAAGGACUCGGGGAAGGCAGCAGCAGCUCCUUCCCAGAGCUCUGUGUCUCUUUCCUCAUCAUCACAUAGGCCCAGUGGUGUGACCUCAGCCAGUGGCCCCGUGGCUAGUCUUGCAGCGGUACUUAACUCCUGUGACCCUGUAUGUGUCACCCCCUGUUCCUUACAGGCCAUUCGUGGGCAGAGGGCAGUGGCAGCGGUGAACUCUGCCAACCCAGGAGGGCACACAUUCGGGGCCACAGAAGCCAUAGGGAGCCCUGGGGGAUCCAGCAGUUCCAGAUCAGGGAUGAACCGAAGAACAAGAGUGGAGGGUAUGUGGCUCGGGGGAGAGGACUUCACCCAGAAGGGGAGCUUCAUCCACAAACCUUCUCAAGGCUGGCUGCACCCAGACAAGAAGAUUGCAGGACCGGGGGCUUCUUAUAUUGUCAGGGUGAGUUGAUGGACUACCUUUUUAACUGGUGUCAAUUUUUCAGGAAAAUCCACCUUAUUAUCUUUAUAACUUUGUAUUUGUUUUGAAAGUAACUUUUCACUCUCUUGCACUCAGAUAAAAACUAACCUCUCUCAGGAACAGGAGAAACAAACAAUAUUGAUGAGCCUGUUUGGAGGUUGAUCUAUGUAGUUGGGAAAAAAAGACAUCAGUGCCAGGCAGUUUGUUAUUCCAUGCAUGUGGCGAGGGCUGGGGAAUACAUAGUUUAAUCCAGAUAGAAAGCUUGGUGUGGCUGGCGGGGAGACUGCGUCAGGAUAACAAACAGGCGUCAGGGUGGUGAAAGAUAAACAAUGAAAUUAUGUGCACAGACUGUGGUCAGGAUCAUUAUCAGCUGUACUGUUUACAGUGGACCACAUAUUAUAAUACAAUAACCAUCUUUAUAAAUAGUACUUAUGAACCAUGUUUGAUGGUGAGCUCUUACUGUAAGCCUGUGGGAGUGGUGUUCUUUGUGUUGUUUUGGGAUUGUUUUCAUACAGAUCAUAUCAAUACAAUGUGAUUUCAAGCUCUCAUCUCAAUGCAUGACACUUUUGAGUAAUGAGUAUAACCAGUAUCACUAUCUCUAAACAACCCGUCAAACUUUGAGGCUUUUUAUUAAAUAAGAUAAUGCUGCAUAUAUCAACAGACGGCUCGCUGCCCCGUCAGAGAAAUGUUUAAAAAAGAGGAGUAACUUUCUUCUGCAGAAACAUGUCUAUCAGAGUAAACUUGUAAAUUCUGUUUACAAAGCAGCGCCAUCUCAUUUAGACGUCAUUAUCAUGAUCUUCCUGUUUUCCUCCUCCUACAUUGCACCUUCUUCCCCCCUCUCCUCAUCCUCUCUAUAUCCUCCUCGAACUAAGGACGUGGCUCCUGAUUAGCUCAGUCUGGGAGCCAAGGAUACUUUGCAACGGCAUUAUACAGGCACCAUUCAUUUCUAUAUUCAAUUAGGUUUAAUCACAGUCAUUUGUGUCAUAUGAUGUAGAAGAGGACGCUUGCAUCAGUAUGGGAGGGGUCCCAUAAUGAGUGUGUGUGCAGUCUCUCUCUUCUUCACCAUGCAGGGCUUUCCUCGAUUCAUAACAAGUGCUGCUCUAAUAUCUGAUCAAUAUCUUGCUUAAUUAGCAGAGCUUUUAUUGUUGUCAUGUGAAGGUGUACUGCUCUCACUUUGGAUGGCUGGUGUGAGAUAAUGUUUGAGCUGUAUUCCAGGGGGGACUGUAGGUGCAGUUCAAUGGUGGAUCUAUGCACAGGGGAUACAUGCUGCAUGUAUUAGUGUCAAAGUGACAGUAAAUUUCUGCUGUGCUGUGCCAUUUUUAAUCGACAUGGCUACCAUAGUGCAGAGCUCUCUCUUUCUCUCCCUCCGUUUCUGUUCCAGUUCUUCUCACUCUCUCUCUCUCUCUUUCUCUCUGUCGUCCACAAACAGGCACACCCACAUACAUUUAAUCUGGUGCUGGGAAGGAUACAGACAUGGUUCUGAGCACUGAUUCCCUCCUUUACACUUUUGUCUUUGUCAGGCUCUGUGUCUGGCCUGCAUCUGCCAUCUUUGACAGCCAGGACACUGCAGUGAGCUUGAAAACAAAGCACUGCAGUGGCCACACAAGCAUGUUAUCAUUUUAUACUGCCGCCUAACAAUCUAGCACAGAAUAUCUUUAUCAAAUUUUACAUAUUGACAAUAAUAUAAGAUAAGAUAAACUUGUAUUCAUCCCACAAUGGGAAAAAUUGAAGUGUUCACAGCAGCAAAGGAUCAGCACAGCAAACACGGAGUGCACACGGUGCACAGAAGAUUAUAAAAAGUUAACUUAGACCUAGAAACAAGAAAUGUUAUUUACAAAAAGAGAGAAAAAAGUAAAUGUCAUUUUUACCAAAAAGGGGUCUGUCAAGGUGCAUUUGUUUUUAGGAUGCUCUAAAAUCUGCUGUGAACAGUGCAUCAAAGUAUGAAAUUGGUUGAUAUUUAAUCAUGCACAACAUGAAAAUAAUACGUCAGCAUGCCAAACUGUGCUAAACUUGCUGUUUACACGCUCCACCUAGUACAUAUACUGUUCAGUAAUAUCCAGCAACUUUCAGCAUUCUCUGCACAUCAGUCCUUACACAACUUAAAUUGAAUUAGAGGUGACAUGAGAAAACAUUAAAAUGAUAGAUUUCCUAAGAACACACGGUGGCACGUUGUGUUAAUAGACUGCCAGUUUGAUUGAAUUUAGCCCAGGACUUCCUAGGAAGUCAGUGUCCUUUUAUCCCUGCUUGGAAUGUGGUGUUGGAGACUUGGCCAAAGGAAUAGGAGUGCAGGUUUCUACGAUAGAAAAAGGGAUGCGUUGUAUCAGCAGCAGAGUCUAUCACAAAGGAGGCAUUGGCUUGAGAGCGCGAAAGAAAAAAGAGAGACAAUUUUCCUGAUGGAAGACUUCCCCCGCUCCUUCAAAUCUGGUUAGAAAGCUCAUUAAGCUCUCAGGCUCAAAGGUUGCUCAUUCUCCUCCCUCUCUUUCUCUUGCUCUCUCUAAAUUUGUUCAUGUGUUCUGUCUGCUCUCUGUUUACAGUCGCUACCAAUCCUAGAGAACUGAACUAGAUAUGACACUGACUGAGCCAGAGUCAUGUAGAGGAGGAUGUAAAGUAUGUGGCGCCAAAUUAGUUUCACAAGAUCUCAUAAAUCAUAGGGGCUGAUAUGUGGCUGAAGAGUUUACCAUCACGGUACACAGUACAGCACUUGUGUUAAAGUCUUAGUAAGAGAGACACUGACUCAGUCAAUGAUGAAAGUCUCACUUCAGUGAAAGUGAGAGAUUCUUUAUAUUUACGUAUUAUCUCAGUGAUUUAUUUUACUUAAUUCCCUAAAUGUGCCAUCGUUGGCUCUGGAUAGCUAUUCAUCAUCACCAUGUUGUUGUACUGCAUAGUUACUCAGCAGGCUAGCUUUAACACAAACAAAAAAGAGACCUCACCACUUUUUCUUUCGAAUGCACCUUACAAUACUACAAAAUAACACAUGAAUGACUGUGCAAACCAGCACACUCACACCCUCAGCAUGCAGCUGCAGUUUGUCUGUGAUUUGGUGCUUUUAGUGCUGCUAAUCUAGUCAGGGGGCCAUUAGCACCCCAACCUGACAGCUAUUAGGACGCUCCUCAGCUGGCAGAGGUAGUCUUAAAUGGCCUGGAUGUGGAGCUGAACUAGGUUAUGAUGCAAUGUUGGACACAGUCAAGCCUGUCAAGAAAGGAUUAUGUAUGAUACACUUUUGGGAUGUCUAUGAAGUGUAACCUUGGCUUAACUUUAUUCUAUUCGAUCUAUUUUAAAUAUACAGGUACAAAUCACAGGAGUUUUUUUAAACUGGUAAUGACCACAGACCAAAAUUAACAGUGAUGCCUUUUCAUGACCUACAAAAGAAAACUGGACUAAAUGUGUGUGUCAUUUCCAAUACAUUUUAUUUUUUCUAUUUCAAUUUUUUCAUAUGGGAUUUUCCACAAAACCAAAGAUUACUCUUGUUAGUCGUUAUGAAGGUUAAGAAAACUAAACCUAUGACGCAACAAAACAGGUAGAUACAAGAAACACAAAUAAAGGAACACUUGACUUCAAACAAAUAAUGAAAAAUAAUACAACUUUUUUGAAAUCUAAAAUGACAAUAACAUACCAGGUUUUUUAUACAUGUAUGUAUGGACAUACAUAUAUAAUUCUGUUUUUGUUGGCAAAAGUAAUUGCUUAAAACUCCUGAGAGGGCUUGUAACUGGUGAUAAAACAAACUGAAACUAAUACUGAUGGCUCUGUAUGAGCUUCAAAAGCAAACAAGACAUCAGCAAGACUGUUCAUUUCUGAGGAGUUAUUUUUAAUACCUGAAACUGCCUCUGCGAUGCAGGUGUCUGACAAAGAAGAAAGGAGCAGAUUUCUGUUUUUUUUUUUUUCAGUUAAGCAAAGUGUUAAAAAUAGAGCAGGAUGAGAUUUUCACUUAAGUUUUUUUCACAGGGGGUGCAACAAUCAAAGAUUCUGGCAGGAGUGUUGACAUAAAAGAAAAAAGAACAACAUUUUUAUAGUUUGUUGCAAGUGUCUGUUUCAUUUUUAUCUUAAAACAGUUGAAAUCACUGACUCUGAUUUGCAUCUGGAGGAGGAGGAGUAGAUUUCCACUUGAUCAAAAUUUACCAUCUUGGGCACAUUUUAACCAUAAAUCUUUUUGAGCUUAUUCCACAUUUUUACUGCAACAACAUUGACUUUGUUUUCUCUGUUUGAUUUUGCAGUACAUGGGCUGCAUUGAGGUGCUAAAGUCAAUGCGUUCCCUGGACUUCAACACAAGGACUCAGGUGACAAGGUGAGUUACCGAUAGAUCUAUUUGUGUUGGUAAAUCAGGAGAAUUCAGUACAAGCUGUAGAGGGUGGACUGAAAUAGCAGCCACAAUGAUUUCAAUUGCAAACUGAAGGGUGUCACCUCGGGAAGACGGGCGUCUUCCUAGAUCAGGAGUGGGCAGAUUCUCAGUUUUUUAUUCUUAUCAUGCCAGUGACACUUCAUGCUUUCAAAACAUAUUAAGAAUAGAACUGCUCAUCAAGCUUUUGGUGUUCAGCAGUAAACUCUAGUUUGUAUUGACAGCAGCACAAUUUCAAAAUUCUUAAAGUGGUUUUGAUCAAAUAUCUUCCUCUAAAAAACCUCUCAAAUCUGUUCAAAAGACCAGAUGAAACUUCAGUCAGUGUUUUGCACAGUUAUGGGAAUAAAACGCUGUGGACAAACAGAACAGCAGUAUAUGUGCUCAGCUGCAUGACAUGAGAGCAGUACCUCAGGGUCUUUGUAUGUCUGUGACAGUGUGUUGUUGUGCCUUGUGAUGUUAUUAUUAUAAAAGCAGGGCUUCUUGUCUCAUGGGAGAUGUGCACUCUCUCUCUCUCUCUCCCUCUGUUUCUCACCCCCCUCCCUCCCUCCCACUCUCUCUCUCUCUUUCUGUCCUCCAUAAUCGAUCGGCUGUAAUCUGAGCCUACCGUACAGCCGGGACUUAAGUGCAGGGGGGGAGGGUGCAGCAGGGAUGGGGCGAUAGAGAGGGAGAUCUAUUAUUGAUGAUGUUUGCUAAUGAGUGUGGAAAGCUGCAGUGGACCCCAUGAACGCGCCCUGCUGGAUAAUGUCUGCGGUUGUAACUUCUUCAGGAGGAGGGAGAGAGAGAGAGAGAGAGAGAGAGGGCGGGAGAACGGUUGAAAACAAAACAGCAAAACAUAAUAUUAGUGAAGGGAGGAACCAGACAGAGCAAAGCUGACUACUCCAGGCUUUGUCAGCCUGAAUACCAUGAGAUAAAUGUGUGAUGAAUAAUGACAUUUUUUAAUGUUAUGAUGAUGAUAUGAGGUCUUUCAAGUGAACAAAUGUCAAAGCUGACAUAAAGACUGUGACUUACAUGCAUUUAUCUGCUGUUCUGUCCAUUUUACACAAGAGCUGUGUUUGCAACAUCCAACAUUAAUCUACAAUAAUUGCAGCAGUGAGGCUAGCUCAGCUGUGUUAUUGGUAAAACGGUAUGAAAACAAGGCAAAUAUACUCAGGGUUAUUUCCACUGAAUGUGUGAGAGCAUGGCAUUUUAUGUUAACAUUUGGGAAGCACAAUAUGGUUUUUUUGUUUGUUUCUAAGUCAAUACCAAUAAUGGAUAAUAAUCUUCUCCUGAUGACCACUAUCCAUGAAGUUGAUAAAUAUAUUUAUAUUUUUUUAAGUUUUUUUUGUUGUUGCCAGAAAUAGACCAAAUAAUUACAUUUUGGCUUAUCAGCACCUUAAAGGUCCUCACAAGGCUGAUAUCACCAUUUUCCUCCCAAAUUAAAAAGCACAUUUUUCCAAUGACAGCAAAUUAAAUCCAAAAUGCCAUUAGCUAGAGUUUUAUGCACUCCUAAAAGGUAAAGAUGCAUUUAUAUACAAUAUUUAUUGAAAUCAGCACUUACACACACAAAAAAAAAAAAAAUCUGACUCUUCAUUCAUAUUUCAUCUUUUUCUAACUUUGUGAGCCAGAACAUGCCUCUACAUGCGAUUAUGUCUACCCAGUUGAGCUCUUCAUUCAGCCACUAGGCUGUCAAACACUCACUGGACCACUGCCAGCUGUCUAUAUGUCUGCGGUGAAACUUAUGUCACUGAUGUUUUUGUUGAUCAGACAGUAAAUGUGUGUGUGGAGAUCCCAUCAUACAGGGCAGGCAGGGGGAGACUCUUGAUACUGUUCCAGGUAUUGGCUGGUAGAAUUAUUGGUCCUCUACUUCAGCCCAACAGUGCUUAAAACUCAGUGGCGUUGUCAUUUGUUGCAUUUUAUUUUGUGUUGUUUUUGAUGAACUUUCUGCAGUUUUCAAAUUCUCGUUGAAUUGGCACUAUGGCGCUCACCCUUUUUUGGGUGAUAACACUAGAUAAAGCCACUACUUCAGUCCGUCUUCUGUAUGAUGAAGACUUUUUAGGUGGCUAAAGAGAUCGGUUAAGUAUGAAUAAAUCUUAACAACUUUUUUCUUCCAUCCAGAUGCACAUGUUUUGUAAGUCAUAAUUGCAUGAACCUAAAAACAUACACACAGAUGACACCAGUUUUAUCCUUUCAUUCGGAUGUUCUCUGUUAUGGCGACCCCUACUGUGCCAGAUUGUGUUGGCUUGUUAAGAAGUAAAUGACAGAAACUUUGAUCUGUUUUUAGAAUAAUUAAUACUUAGAUAUGUUCCCCUUGUUGGGUUAGUUAUCUAUCUGCCCAAAGUAUGUUGUGUAUCCCUUUUUUGCACAUUUGUGUGAAUAACAGCAGUCUUCUGCAGUGUGAGCAUGCCCAUCCUGUUUGAGUUUUUAGUAUAAAUCACUGCACUGACACAUGUAAGUCAUAUUUCUACUAGAGUACAAAUGAUGGAUGUGUUUUGUUUUGAAUCUUUGCAGCCCUUGACUUUCUGCUUGAAUUCAAAGUAGCCAUUUUUUCUAAAUAUGAUGCAGUUUAUCAAUUCCAGCUUCAAAACAGACUUUCAAAUUUCCCAGUGAUGCUCACAACAUAAGGUUUGGGUCUCUUGAUUCCCUGGGGCAACAUGGAUUGGAUCAUCCGUCCCACAAGGCUGAAAAUCAAUGAUUUGUUGUCUCAAUCAAUUGAAUAAACUUUGCAGAUUACAUUACUUUAUCUUAAUUUAUUUACUUUAUCGCAAUUAAUCCUGGAUGCACCUGAAAAGAGCAAAAGCCGCCUUAUUAGCUUGUAAACUUGUAGAGAAGAGAACUGGAAGAACCACAGCAAAACAUCCAGCCAGUCCCAGAAUCUUAAAAAUGUAGUUCAGCUGCUGCAUUGUAUGAAGAUGCAUUUUCCCAACAGUGCUCUCUGUGUGAGGGUGUUAAACAGCAGCAGCAGCCGCGCUAAUGAUGCCCAGUGUUUUAUUGCAGCUCAGAUAAGGCUGCAGAGGAAAACAACAACAACAACAUCCAGCCCAGCCCAUCUCUCUCCUUCCCUCUUCCUCCACCCUGUGUCCUCUUUCUGCAUGAGUCAUUGUGAUGUUUUUCAAAAAUCCCUGAGAAGACCUUUACUUGAGAUGGGGCCCAGGACUCUGCUUUUUAAAUAUUUACAGGCUACUUGAUAGGGGCAGCUUGCUUCUUGCCUGCUGUCCCUGCUGUCCCCGAGUGCAAGCCUCAAAUCCACAUUAUGUCUCACUCCCACUAUCAGACACACAGGGGACAGGAGCCUUAGAUGCCCAUUAGGCAACCGUUCCCAGGAGUUAUAGCAGCCUCACUGCAAAGAGGUAACAAAUCUGCUGAGAGGAGUGCACUGUGGAGAAAAAAAAUGCUGCAACACAGAAGUAGAGGAGGACGUGGAGCUACACUGACCCCACCUGCUGCAGUUGCAGUGUUUCAGAGUUAAGCAAGGGUCCAAUAAACAGUCACUGCUGUCACUCGUCAGCAGUAGUUACUUGUGAACAGACCCUCUGGAAAGCUGCUGCUGAGAUUAGAGCUGUGAUGGGUCUGUGACCUCUGAUCUCAGCUGGAGGGAAGGAACACAAAGCUUCUGUUCAUGUUUAACCCCGGGUUCGUGCAUCAUUGUGAUGCAGCAUUUGUUCUUGUUUAAGACCUGACACUGACACUGACCUUACAUUUCAAUGUAUCGAUCUCUGUACUGCUGUCACAAUUUCUUUCAUAUGUUCACCUAUAAGAAUUGAAGUAUUUUUUCUAAUUAGGAAAUGUAUCUUGAAGCUAUUUCAUGUGACCAGUGUGUUUUUAGCACAGUCUGACCUUCGAUCUUUUACUAUUUCCUUUAUUAGAGAGGCCAUCAACAGGCUGUGUGAUGCUGUGCCAGGUGGAAAAGGAGCUUGGAGAAAGAAGGUUAGUAAUUCCUCUGAUCUUUCCUUGUAUUGUUUCUGGUUCUAUUUGAUUAAUGCUAAAUAUGUUAAAUUGAUGCAGUACAACUCAAUAGCUAUGAGACUGCUACCAAGAAAGUCAUUUUGUAAAUCCAGCAUGUAUAUAUAUAAUCAUUACUGUUGUUGGUAUUCUGACUUUAUUCUCUAUCCAUUACAGGCCUUGAACAAAGCCCUCCAGUCUGUAAUGGGAAAAAGUAACCUGCGAUUUGCAGGCAUGAGUAUUGCAGUCAAUAUUUCAAUAGAUGGCCUUGGAUUGCUUAUUCCUACCACACGACAGGUAAUAUACCAAGCUGCUGAAAGAUAAUCAAUUAAAAGUUUUUGCCAUCGGUUCAUGCAUAAAACUUUCCUCCCUGAGAACAAAUGACUUAAAAUGACCCUAAAACUGGAUUUUUAUCAUUUAAUUUCACCAAGACUAAAUACAGGUGAAUUUUCAAUCCAUAAAUAACCUAAAAAAUCUGCUAGUUGUGGUUAAAAAACUCAUUUGGUUGUAGUGAUCCUAGUCUAACCGAAUAUCACCCCAACAUAGGAUUUAUUCCCAUUUUAAUCCACCACGAGUGGAGCACGCUGCUGCACUUAAAAAGUUAUGGUUGCAAAGAUAACCUUCAUUUUAAUGGGCAGAAAUUUUGAGUAGAACCAGACUCACAUUAGUCUGCCACUGGUGCAUUUGGAUCAGAAGGAGAUAGAGGAAGGUAAAGACAGAGAUGGUUUCUCAAACAGACUUAUGGUUACAGUGUUAAUGACAACAGUAAAAAUGGUAACAGUAUGUGUAAUAUUUACUGGAGCUUCAGAAACUUGUCUCAAAGUUUAUGGCAUUUCAAGUCAACAGGUCUAAGAGUAGUUAUUGCAAUAAUAAUGCAAAGUAGGAGUAAGAUGGAUAAAAAUUAUGAUAGUUGAGGUCAGGUAGAUAAAAAAAAAAUCAACAUUAGCUUUGUCAUAGUGUGAUUAUAAUGGUGAGGCUGAUACUGAAAGCUGUAUCAGUUAAUUUCCGAAUCUAUUGUAAAUAAAUCAUUGACGGCGUGUUGAAAUGAAUUACUGUCAAACCUGUCUCAGCUCUGUCCCCUUCUCUCUUCUAGGUGAUAGCUCACCACCCUAUGCAGUCUAUCUCCUUUGCCUCAGGGGGCGACACGGUGCGUGCAUCAUUUCACAGGCUGCGCUGCUUUGUGUUGCUGACAUUUUGACAAAUUCACUGAUAGUUUGGCAGACUGCACAUGUCUGACAGGAUUAAACUGAGCUGGUUUAAAAUGAUCACUGAAGUCUUUUGUUAAAAAGGCUAGACCUGUUUUUUCUCUGGUCUAACUGAAUUUUUUCCCCUUCUCUUUCAGGACACGCCUGAUUAUGUCGCAUAUGUGGCCAAAGACCCGGUGAAUCAGAGAGGUAUGCUAUUCUACCUUUUAGAUCUCACAUCAACUUCAAAAGAGUUCAAAGUUUUAAAAAUAAAUCUGAAAGACCACCCUGUGAUUUACAAGUGGGGGAAAAAUUGUAAAACCAAGAUCUUGAGGAUCUUACCCCUAAGAGGACAAGGCAGCUAGACAUGUCUCCUCUUCUCUGUUCCCUCCAGCGUGUCACAUCCUGGAGUGCUCAGACGGUCUGGCGCAGAGUGUCAUCAGUACCAUCGGACAAGCCUUCGAGCUGCAGUUCAAACAGUACCUGCACAGUCCUCCCAAAACCAUGGCACCAGUGGAGAGGUAAUGUGCCAAAACGAUGACUUUUAUGAACAGCCUCAAGAGAGUGUUUGAGAUUUCAGACAGACAGACAGACAGACAGACAGACAGACAGACAGACAGACAGACAGACAGACAGACAGAUAGAUAGAUAGAUAGAUAGAUAGAUAGAUAGAUAGAUAGAUAGAUAGAUAGAUAGAUAGAUAGAUAGAUAGAUGAUUAUACUUCUAAGGUUUUGCAUUGAUGCCACUGUAGGAAACUUCAAACUGUGCAGCUUUUUUGUCUGUUUUGAUUUCCUUCCUGCUCUCAGCACUCCCAGCAGCAGCUCUGUUGAUCUAUAUAAAUCUCUGUCAGAUUAUUAUAGAUCACUUUCGGAUGUGGAAAUGUUAUCUGAUCAGACCGCAUCCAUUCGAGAGCCAAGAUCUUCUCAUCAUUAUCAUUCCUAUUAAUAUCAUGAAAUAUCAAUAAAUAUUAGUUUAAUUCUUGACGUUACAGAGAUGAGUGUCUUUUUUCCACUAUAUUUAUAGAAUUAAGUUGUUUAUUUCGAGCAUGAUGAAGAAAAAAAGCAAAGAUGACAGGAAACUUAAGCCAAGGCUUCAAACACACAUAUUCACAGCUGACCACAUUACAACAACAACAACCACUUCACAGCAGCACUUGGCAACUCUCCAGAGAUACAUGAACCAAGAUAACAAAAGUAUAUACCAAACACACAGCACCGUCUGCUACAGUCUUAAUGCAUGAAUAUAUUUUUCCACAUGAGCUGUUGUCUUUUCUCAGGUCUGUCAGGACAGAGGAGUCCAUGUGGGGAGAAGAUGAGGACCCCUCUGAUCAUGAUUAUUACAACAGCAUCCCAGGGAAGGAGCCUCCUGUUGGAGGGGUGGUGGACUCCAGGCUCAGGCCCAGUGGAUCCUUGCUGGGUCACAUUCACACCCAACCACAAGCAAGCAAGACAGCAGCACAGGUAAAUAUCCGGGCAGGGCUUUUGAACAUCAGGACAGGCCUGGUUCUGGAUUUUAGUCUGUCACCUUUGCUGUGCAGGAUGCUUUUGUUGAAUAGAAGAAUAGAAUAGAAUAUUCCUUUAUUGAUCCCCCAUGGGGGAAAUUUUUUUGUCACAGCAGCAUCACAGACAAGACAGAAAGUGCAAAAUGCAGUUAUAACAAUAAGGGUCCUAAUAUUAAGAACUUAAUAAAUGUAAUAAUUAAGAAAAGAAUAAUUGAAAAGAGAAAAGGGAGAAGAAAAAAUAAAGCUUUCUGCAAUAUACACAAUUUAAAUGCCAUAAAAAAAGUGGUGGUGUAAAUCCAGUUUUGUUACUGUUCAUUGUAAAGUCUUAUUGCAGAGGGGAGGAAUGAUCUGCGGUAGCGCUCCAUCCUGCAGGGUGGGAGUCUCAGUCUGCUGCUGAAGGAGCUGCCUAAAGCCCCCACAGUCUGGUGCAGUGGGUGAGAGGGAUUGUCCAUGAUGGAUAUAAGCUUUGUUAACAUCCUCCUCUCACCCACCUCCUCCAGGGAGUCCAAAGAGCAGUCCAGGACAGAACCGGCCCUCCUGACCAGUCUAUUCAGUCUCUUCCUGUCCCUCUCGGUGCUCCCUGCCCCCCAGCAGACCACUGCAUAGAAAAGUGCAGAUGCUACCACAGAGUCAUAGAAAGUCCUGAGCAGAGUAUAACUAGUAUAGUAUAGUAUGAGUAUGAGUAUGUAUGAGUAUGAGUAUGAGUAUAACUAUAAAAACAGCGCUGAAUCCAGAAGAAUGAGUUGCGACCAAACCAUCCAAAUUUAAUUAUGUUAUAUCUAGUUGUUAUCAAGCGUGCAUGACUAACCUUUAAGCAAUGGCUCCUAUUCUUAAAUGAAACCCAUGACUAAGAUGUUUCUCUGCUACCUCUGCAUACUACCUACAUGAAUGUACACAGCGAGAGCGAAACAGUAUAUCCCAUAACAAACCUUCUGGUGUUCCUGCAUCACAGCUGUCCAAGAUGGAUAUGAUUAGAUAAGGAGGCUGGGCUUCUUUGUUGCCUCUCUGCUGAGUAAAAAAAAACAUCUUUCCCUGGCUCUGAGAGUUUUCUAUUCAAGUAAGGCAAGAGCAAUUCACGUGUUAUCCUGCUCUGAAUGUGUGUUUUAUAGAUGGGCUCACCAGCGAGGAGAGAUGGAGCAUCCUAUCCUCCUGGUCAGCUGUGUUAUGAGCUGCACUGGGAUACAGAAACGACGAGUGGCUCAGGUGAGACACACUAUUGAGGGCAGAACGUUAAUCUAUACUCAAUAAAGGCCUGAUAAAGAAAAGGCUGAUGGCUGGGAUAGAUUUUCUGUACUUCAAUAUGUUUUUUUGUUGUAGGAGUUAUUUUAAUUACUUCUACCUCUUUAUUCUAAGCAUUAAGAGUCUACAUAAAGUUUCUUCUCAGUGAUGAGUGAGUUGGAAUACGAAUAACCAAAUUUCAGUUUGCUAACUAUCAAUAAUCUACCCAUCCUUUUGAUGCAUUAAACUGGGUAACACUUAAAUUGACGCCUAUCCCUUUAGCGCACUAUAAAUAUAUGUAUAAUGUGUUAUAAUCACAUUAUAGUACUGUAUAACUAUAGUUAUAAACACUCAUAAAUGAUCAUAAUGCUUUAUAGCAAUAAUCAUAACACAUUAUAAAGCAUUUUAUCAUGACUUACAAGGUCAGGUAUUAUAUUGUGUUAUAACUGUUAUCAACUCACUGACAAUGCCCACAUAGAUAAUACAUUAUACAUAUAUUUAUGAUGUGUUAUAAUAUGCUUAUAAAUUUGUAUAACUAUCAUUAUAAAUAUUCAUUAAUUAUAACAAUAAGCAUAACACAUUAUAAUACUUGACCCUAUAAUUCAUGAUAAAAUGCUUUAUAAUGUGUUGUGCUUAUCGCCAAAAGCAUUAUGAUCAUUUAUGAGUGCUUAUAACUAGAGUUAUACAGUGCUGUAACGUGAUAAUAACACAUUAUACAUAUAUUUAUAAUGCGUAAUAGAGAUAGGCGUCAAGUGAAGUGUUACCAAACUUUGUUCUUUACACAUAGACAUGCUAUAAAUACUCAUUAGAAGACCAAAAUAAGAGAAUCACUAAAAAACUGAUGUGAUAAUACUAUAUUUUAAGAUCAGACUAAUGCUAAGUUUUAUUUUUGUUAUACAUAUAAAAACUGCCAUGUGCUUUUGAGUUUCCUUCUCUCUUUUCAAAGAGUUAUUUCCUGCAUUUUGCUUUAGUUAGAAAGUUACUAGCAAUGAGAUACAUGUGAAAACAAGAGGAGAGGGAGGGAAUCUGCUGUAGGAGGUGGCCCUCUCAUGAUAUCCUGUAUUUCAGUUGAUUUAUAGUUAAGGAACUAGUGAUACAUCCAUGCACAUUGCCAUGGUUCUCUCAGUGUUUUUACCUAUGUACAGAAAUACCCUUUGACUAUUCUGUGGUGUCUGACAUGACUUAAGAUUUAGCGCUAUAAUUUGGCCACUAGAGGGAAGCAAAGUACAAGACCUGUUUUGGAUGAAUACACGUACUCUCAAACACACACCUUUCCAUAGCUCAGAAAUGUACUGUUUUCAGGUCUGACUUCAGAUGGAUAUCUUUGUGCUGAUGGCCAACAACCAGGCAUCAGAGACUAUGAGGAGCAUCAAUACGUUAACACCCAGAGUCUGGAACACCUGGAUUCACUGGCACAAGGACCUGAUGGACACAGAGGCUCCAGGGUUCCUGACAGCCCCAAAAAGGACCUCUUUGACAUGAGUAUGUUGAAAGAAUCAAAGUUACAUGAUUGAAAAAUUCCGGAGUGACGAUGUUUUCAUUUGUGAAACUUCGUUGUCCUUUGUAGGGCCCUUUGAGGAUGCUCUGAAGCUCCAUGAGGCCUGUGGUGGAGCUGUUGGGUCUAGUGUGUCUGCUGCAGCUGGAGGUGUGCGGGUCAUGGAGGACCAAUGGCCCAGCCCUCCACGUCGACGAGCCCCUGUGGCCCCCAAUGAAGAGCAGCUCCGUAGGGAGACGUGGUACCACAGCCGCAUGAGUAGGCGAGACGCAGAGAGGCUCCUGGUCCGAGAUGGAGAUUUCCUGGUGCGGGAGAGCACCACCAACCCUGGACAGUAUGUACUAACAGGCAUGCACUGUGGGCUGCCCAAACACCUGCUGCUAGUGGACCCAGAGGGAGUGGUGAGUUACCAGCAACGCAGAUCCAUUAUAACUGCACUGUGACACAGUAAACAGUUGUGUUUCCUAGUGUUCGGAUCGAGUGUUUUUAACAGAAUAGCUUACAUGUUCCUGUCUUUUACUGUUCUCGAUACAGGUCCGAACCAAAGACAUGUUAUUUGAGAGCAUUAGUCACCUCAUCUCAUAUCACCUGCAGAAUGAGCUGCCUAUUGUUGCUGCAGAGAGUGAGCUCCACCUCAAACAGGUGGUCAGGAGGAAACAGUGAGCUAUCAAGCUGUGGAUGGGAUGGUGAGCAGUAAACUCCACAUUUACAGGAUAGUUAAAAUGAGUUUGAUUGAAAAUUCAGGAAGGUAGCGGACAUAAACUGUAAUUUUAAAAAGGUUUUGGUAACACUUGAUAUAAACGCACAUGUUACAAUGCAUCAUUAGGACAUAAGCCUUGUAAAUGCGUCUAUACAGCUUUAUACCAGCCUAAUGCCUUAAAAAGCAACUGUUUUGAACUCGAACUUAUCCCUAAAAUCUGAUCUUUCUUUUCCUUUCACAUUUUACAGAAUGUUAUUGUUGUCUCAUGCAAAAACCACACAAGAAAACAUGGCAUCAUGGAAACGGAAAUCAUUUAUCCCAGAGGGAAGUUUGUCUGGCUGCAAGGAUAUCGCCGAUGAUUUAUAUCUGUGAACAAUAAUCUACAAAAAAAGGAGCAAAAAACUCUGACAUCUCCCUGUACUUUUCUGCCUGUGGGCUUUCAGGAUCACAAACUUCUCAGCACACAGUUAGCUAAAAAAACAAAGCAACCAGAGUCCGUAUCAGUGUCUACCAAUGCAGAUGGAUGGGGGACCAAACUUCAGAGAAGCAAAUCAGGAUUUGAUGCACAGAAGAGUCCUACAUGCCUGUGACAGUGAAGUGCUUCCAAAUGAUCACCCACCGAACAAAUAAUGGACAUGGAUAGAACAAACAUACUGUAUGUCAUGUAUCAACUGAAACAGAUCCUGAUCAAAAAGCAAAUUUAUCAUUCUGUAUAAAGGUGAGAAGAGUGACUUUAAGAGACAUUAGAAAAAAACGACUGUUCAUUAUUCAAAAAAGACUGCUGGGUGUACCUGACACUAAGAUGGCACAACGGAGAAACCCUUAACAUGAGUCAGUGCCUGAUUCAUGAAUAAGCCACAAUCUUCUGCCUUUUGUUCAUCACAAAUCCACUUCCUCCAUGUAGACAGUCGACUGGACAUGCAGUACACUAACUUAUAGUGGGAUUUUAAUCACUUUUACCAUUAACUUCAGCCAUUGUGUUGUGUUUAUAAGGGCUGCUCAUAGUUUGUAUGUGUUGUCAAAGCUUAUCAACCUAUUAUUAGUCAAACUGCAGUGACAUUUUGAAGAAAUCCUCCUCAGAAACUCAGUUUAUCCAUGCCUGUAUUUCCACAGCCUCUCCAACUUCAGUGCCUUAAAGACUACAGGGACAGGCAUUUGUGUGUCAGUGUAUAUAUAAUGUGCAUUUAUGCUCCUAAUGCAGAGUUUUCUUGCCAUGCCAAUGAAUGACUGAACAAACUUCAGGAUGAUGAAGCUCUUAAUCUUUAACAGUGACGUAAGCUGCUCUUGUCUAGAGUGUUUAAUACUGUCUAAUUGUGUCAUGAAUGCUGGUGUAUUUAUGUAUUUCCUACAACAAUCCUCUUCUUUUCAAGCUAGCCACAGACAGCAUUGGUGUGCAGUGAUUGACAACAAAGACAGGGGAUGUGGACACUAAAUUCAUUAUUAGUCCCAACUCAGGGGAAUAUGCCACUGUAUUGACUGUCUUUGUCCUGCGUUUGUCUUUACAUGUCAGUGACUUGCUUCUGUGUUUCCAGACUGUUUUUUUUUUUAAAUCUAAUACUUGAGAUUCCCUCGCCAUAUGCUUUUUGCCUUUUUCUCUGUGUAAUUAUCAGCAUAUCUUUGAUCAGGCCCUCCACUGUUUUGAGCUGCAGCCUCAUGAAUGCACAGAAGGAUAAGGUGAGCAACAAAGCCUGUAGUGAGGCAUGAAUGUUAAUUAUUCCAGAUGACUUUUUUGCUUUCUCAGGAAUUCUUUUUUGGACCUUCUCUUCGUUGAUCGACUUUAAUGGCUGUUUGUCAAUAAAAAUAAUUGAGAAGAGGGUGCAAAUCAAA